AAAAAAGCCAUUUGAAAACUAAAAUUUAUUUUAUAAAUUUAAUUUCGAGCAAAAAAUUUCGAACAAUUUUUUUCCACAAAAAAAAUUCAGUUCAUAUAUACGCCAGUUUUAAUGUUUAAUUUCUGCCAGAGACAAGUGAAAUCUCAAAAUUAAACGUCUGUUUAAAUUCAAAUUUCACCAACCAACCCAACCAUAUUUACGAAUCAACAAAAAAGUGCUUUAAUAAUAGCAAAUCUCAACUAGCUCAAGCUCGGAAAAAUUUAAAUUUGUAUACAGACAUAAAUUUGUAUACAGGCAUAAGUAUGGAAUUAGAAGCUACACCCAAGCAAGUAGGCAUCAAUUCGAUAGAGCCAGGUGCAUACAAUCUUGUUGGCAACAAACGUAUAUUGGCGCCACAACUCGACCAGUUCGAUGACUUUUUGCUUGACAGCUACGCACAGCAUGGACCCACAGUGGGCCGUAGCGCUCUCUCAAUCAUACCGGACGACCUGCUCACCACGACAGGCGACAGUAUUUCUCAACUGAGUACGCCCAGUAAGGGUAUCAGCAUAAGCAACGCCUUAACCGGCUCCUCACUAUCCAACAAUGCGUCUACCUUCAAUACCAAUGAGUUCGAUUUGCGCACACUGAAGCAUCAAUGUUUGCUAGACAUCACAGAUCUGUUGAACAAAUGCUUCUGUAUUUGGCACCGUCCAUCGCGCGAGUCUGUGCCGCGUAGCGAACGAUUGCAUGCCUACCAAUUGGUGUUGUUGAAAUUGCGCGAACAUACACCUUUUGUCACGUUUCGCGACGCCCGCAGCAUAGUGCGGCAAAUGAUUCGAAGCUAUGUGUGUAAGCAAAGACUAGGCGAAGGCGAUAACGCAUCGCGCAGGUCACAUGCAGAUGAAGGCACUAAUGAUCGGCUAGAAGUGGAUCAGCUGGCCACCAUUAAAUCAAAAGCAAUUUUGAAUAGGUUAAGCUUUUUACAGGGAUGCGAUGAAAGUGAUGUGGAGGAGCUCGUCCCCGAUAAACGAUGUGCCUUCUGCAACUUUGGCUUCCACAACACCGAAACCCUUUGGACACAUAUGGUAAGCGCGCAUCUGCCUACACGGACACAGCAAAGUAGUGGCUGUAUUACUAUCGACACUGUGACUACCGAUUCUAAAAUGAAAAGACUAUCUUCGAGUCGCAAACGCACACAUAAACGCACGUCGCGCUUUACAUUCGAUAACGGAACGGCUAGCACGCAGCAAUCAGAUUCGGGCCUAGAGCCUUCUUGCAUAAGACGGAGUCGCCAAAAGCGACGUAGUACGUGUCGAACCGGACAACACGCACGGGGAAAGCAGAAAGUAGGUCAACAAUCCCGCCGGAGGCGAAGUAAGAGCAGUGGAGAAGAUACAAGCGUGGAUUCUCGGGUCUUCGACCUCUACCUCUGCGACUACAGCGAUAAGUUUCUCGAGGAAUUCAUCGAUCUCUACCGUCAGCAGGAGUGUCUCUGGCGACGCAACUUGCGUACAUAUCACAAACGUAAGCUUAAAGAAGCUUCCUACGAUGUGCUCCUUAAAAAGUAUUGCCAAUCGCGCAAAGUUUCCUCUGUAAGCAUCAAUAAGAUUAAAUUACUAAUUCGUCGCAUGCGCAGCUAUUAUGAUCGACUCAAAAAUCCGAAUGCUAACCAGUUUCGCAGCCACAUCUGGAAACGGUUAUCCUUCAUCGAUCAAGGUCGUACGACGCCUAAGCGCAAACGUAGUCGCAGUAAUGACACUGGGAACACCGACUAUGAGUGCAGCACAUGCAGGCGCAAAUUUAAGAUUGCCAAGUCAUACGCUGCGCAUAUACUCAAAACGCAUCCACCCACCGAAUGUCCGACCUGCAGAGAGAAAUUCAACAACGCCGAUGAGCUGGUGCAUCAUCUGUUCUUCCAACAUCACAAAGAUGCGGACUGUCCACUGUGUAAGGAGGGCAAAGAUAUAUGGAAAUCUUCAACGCAUCUCAAAAAGCACUUCUUCGAGCAUCACUGUACCACCUGUACGUCGAUCUUUCGUGAUGUCAACAACUUGCGGCGCCACAGACCCAAGUGUCGCAAAAUAAAUAGAUUCCGUUGUAGACAAUGUACGUCGAAGUUUACCAGCACCUUGGACUUCCGGCGACACGCAAAGGCUAUGCAUCAAGACAAUCAACCAUUCAAGUGUGACCACUGCGAAACCAGCUUCAAAUGUUUAGCGCCUUGGACCAGGCACCGCAAAGUGCACAAACAACCGAAGAAUUACCAUUCAUCGUAGUAGCAAGAAGUGUAUGCAACUCGAGUAACGGGGUGUAGGGAGCUAAUUUGAAUGGUUACGUAUGGUUUUUCCAUGUGUCAAGGAAUUGUUGUAAAAUGGAAUAUUUUAAGUUUAAUUAAAAUUGACUAUUCCUUAAAGGAG